CUUAAUAAGACGGACAAGCUAAACAAAGGGACGACCAAUAUCGACAACUCGGUCGAUCGUAUUCACUGCCACAAUUGUUCACAUAAACUAUGCACACAACGAACAUUUACAAUACUCCAUGGAAUAGUGGUGCAUAUGGCGGUGAAAAUGCUGGCCUGGUGGCGCGGGUCGACCACCACCAGAACACCGUUGACCGUCUUCCUGCAGCACAGGCCCGAGCUUAUGGUGCACCUAAUUCUGCAAGACUUCCAAUGACGCCCGAGAAUCUGCCUGGAAGGGCGCCUUACGCUUCACCAGGGUUAUCAAGGCGGGCAUUCUUUGGACCGACAUCAGCGAGGGCCUGGCACCCCGGAACGACACCCCUGCUACGACACCGAUUCAUAUCAAGACCAUCAUAACGCACUGGAUGACUGUACUGUGCCAUAUCAAGACCAUCGGCAAGGGCAACCUCCUAUCCCUAAAGAGGAUCAGCACGGCAUGGAAGGAGGUCGAAGCAGCUCUCCUUAAAAGCAUGAAAACGUGCAUGCAGAAUUUGCAUUCGUUGGUGUAAUUAGCGAGUUUAUACACACCCCGAGCCUGGGGCCAUGGGCGGGCUCUACAGCCCUGCAAGGCUUGUGUUGGUGAGGCAAUCUUUACAAUUGUACACUCGAAGUGUUUGGUGAACAUGUAUGUUUGUAUGUGUAGACAUGUGAGCUUGAUACAGGCAUAUGCAUGGAUGGAAGUGUAUAGAGAGGCAUGCAAAUAUUUUUUUACAUAGGCGAAAUAGGCAUACGUGCUCACAUAGAUGGAUGAGACAGCUGUGAUAGCAUGUGUAGGCAGGUUGGACAGGGACAUGCUUACAAUCCAUUGACACCAGCAUAUGGCCCGGCAUACGGACAAGGAACACUUGUAACACGGGUUACCCUGUCUGUUACCCCUCAGUACAAUAUUACCCCGACCCCUUUGUUACCCCUUGGUAAGGGGUUACCCCUACCCCUUUGUUACCCCUUGGUAAGGGGUUACCCCUACCCCGGGGUUAGGUUACCCACCCCCCUUCGUACAUAGCCACAUGGGUAACCACUUACCCCUACCC